AUGAGGGUACUUGUUUGUGGUGGUGUGGGGUAUAUUGGUACGCACUUUGUGCGCGAGCUGCUGCGUUGCAGCCCUCAUGAUGUGAUCAUUGCCGACAGCCUCGAGGCCACUCACGGCUCUGAUGUGCACGUGGACACGGAGAAAAACUAUGCGGCACGAAACCCUGGCGCAAACCUAGAAGAAGUGAAGAGGAGCGGCUACCGUUUCGCAAAGCUGGAGGUGGGCGACGUGCGCGAUGUCGACUUUCUCGAGCACGUCUUCACCACACACGCCCCGAUCGAUGCCGUGGUGCACAUGUGUGCGCACAUUGUGGUGCCGGAGAGCGUGCGCGACCCGCUUCGAUACUAUGACAACAACGUCGUUGGAAUGCUGCGCAUCUUGCAGACUAUGCUCAAGUACAGGUGCGACAAGCUCAUUCUCUCCAGCACGGCCGCUCUCUUCGGCAACCCUUACGCUCGCAUUAAGGCUGGCUCGACCGAUGAGCCGGACCCGAUGAAGCCUAUCCUGUCCAACGCCAAGUGCAUGCCGGAGAGUCCGUAUGGCACGACCAAGCUGGUGGACGAGUACAUGCUGAAGGACUGCGCUGCCGCCUACGGCAUCAAGAGCGUGUGCCUGCGCUACUUCAAUGCGUGCGGCGCCGACGCCGAGGGCGACAUCGGCGAGACCCACGAGCCCGAGUCGCACCUAAUCCCGCUCAUCCUACGCGUGCCGCUGGCGGACAAGAUCAACGCCUACAACGCCGUGCACCAUCCGGACCGCCAAAAGGUGAACGACUACAUCUCUAUCUUCGGGACCGACUACCCAACUCCGGACGGCACGUGCAUUCGUGAUUACGUGCACGUGAAGGAUCUGUCCUCAGCCCACGUGCGGGCGCUGGACUACCUCGCUAAGCUGACCCCCGACGACAAGGACAACUUCUUUUCCACGUUCAACCUUGGCACGUCGAAGGGUUACUCAGUGCGCGAGGUCAUCGAGGCGGCGCGGCGCGUAACGGGACACCCAAUUCCGGAGAGGGAGGAGAAGCGCCGCGACGGCGACCCGCCGGUGCUCGUGGCGUCCGGCGAGGAGGCGGCGGCAGCACUUGGGUGGACUGUGGAGUACGACUCGAUCGACAAGAUUAUCGAGUCCGCGUGGCUGUUCCACAGUAAGCACCCUGUCGGCUACGAGUCCCACUAA